AGAAAGUAACCGCAAGCCGGUAGGGUGCACGUGUGCGCAGCGUGCUCUUCAAGCCGGAGGAACAGUGAAACAGGAGGAUCGUGGAUCCGGACCGCCGCAUGCACCAGAAAUGUACCAAAAUGGAUCGUGACAUGUGGGACUCAUGAGUAACGGAUCAACUUGUAUCACGAUAAGAGAGAAUUUCGUAUGACCACAAAAAUGAGCGACGCGGAAAUAGAUCAAGAUUUAUACGAGAGCGACCAAGAAGUUGCUAAAAAUCACUCAAAUCUUAUCGAGGCUGUGUCGCGCCUCGACAAGAGACAAAGAGUGAAGAAGGCAAAACGAAGCGAACCCAGUUUAGAGGUAUCAGAGUAUCAUCUUGUGAAAAGUGGAGUAAUAGAUGGAGAUACGGUAUGCACGCGAGACCUGAUCAAAUUGUUAGAACAAAAAGGGGAUCAGAAUGACACAAUUAAAAGGCUUCGAUACAUUCAACAGAAGAACAAAGUUCUUCCGAAGCCAUUGGAGAAACCAGCAGCUGAAAGGAUUAAAAGGACAAUAGGUCUUGAGAAGGUUACAGAGGAAUUGAAAAAAUGGGACAGUAUAGUUGCUAAGAAUCGAACAGCUGAACAACUAGUCUUUCCGUUGAAACGUAUAACACCAGUGACAGAUUCUCACAAUUUAAAGACUCCUAAAUUUCUGAAGGGCUUUAGUAUAAAGUCUGAUUUGAUGAAAAAGUUUGAAGAAGUGGAUCCUACAUUGCUUUAUCCUGCUGUCGACAAGGAAGAGGAAAAGGAUAAUAAAUACAAAAUGACUCUGAAAGAGGUCAUCAUAAGGAGGAAGGAAGCUGCCAGAUUAAGAGCACAACAGUCAUAUAGAGAGGCAAAGGCGCAUCGUCAGCAUAAGAUAAAGAGCAAAAAAUUCCAUCGCAUCGAGCGAAAAAAUAAAAUUAAACAACAUUUAAAGGAUUUCGAAAAAUUAAAAGAUACUAAUCCAGAGGAGGCUCUUGCAAAAUUAGAACAAUUAGACAAAACUCGUGCCGAAGAGAGAAUGUCAUUGAGACAUAAAAACACGGGCCAAUGGGCUAGGAAUAAACAGAUUAAAGCCAAAUAUGAUAAAGAAACACGACAAAUACUCUCUGAACAAUUAGCCAUUAGUAAAGAAUUGACGCAAAAAGUUAAGAGAAUAGAUAGUAGUGACGAGGAAGAUGAGGAUGAUGAGAAUGAUGAGGAAAACAUAAAAGAUAAAGAAGAUGAGAUACUAUUAAAUGAGAAAGGAGACAACAUAAAGACCAAUUCUGAAAUUGAUGAUUUCAUUAAGCUUUGUCGGGAGUACUACGAUAAGAAGCAACAGAAGGCAGAGAUAAUAGAAACAAGUGAAAUUUCAGGUGAGAUUCUAUCGGAAAAGAAAAAAGAGUCGUCAAAUCAUAAUACAGAAAAUACUACGCAAAUAAAUUCAAGUAAUAUGAAAAAUAAACUCCUCAAAAAUAAGAAGAAUAGUGUUUUGCAAACAAGUACUAGUGAUAAGACAAAUGAAUUAUGCAACAAUGAGAAAGACAAUGCUUUGCAAGCAAAUAUAAGUGAUACGACAAUAAACUCACAUGAUAAUGAGAAAAAUAGUGCUUUGCAAGCAAAUACAAGUGAUAAGAAAAAUAAAUCCCGUGGCAAGAAGAAAAACGAUACUUUGCAAGAAAAUAUAAGUGCAAAAAAUAAAUCCUGUAGCAAUAAGAAAAAUAGUACUUUGCAAGCGAAAAUAAAUGACACUAAAGGUAAAUUACAAGGCAAUGAGAAAAGUAGUGCUUUACAAGCAAGUACAAGUGAUACAAAAGGCAAAUCUUGCAGCAAUGAGAAUAGUAAUGCUUUAUUAGCAGCUGCAAAUGAUACAAAAGAUAGAUUUUGUAAAGAAAUAAAACGUAAAGAAAGUUGUAAAGCUACUACGCAAGCAAGGGGAUCGAAAAAAGAAAACGCAAAGCGCAAAUUAAAUCCAAAGGUGCAGGAAGUGAAGAAGAAAUUCAAGGUAAACGACGACAAAACAAAAAAGAAUGGGGAAGAGAAGAAGAAAAAGGAGAUUGAAGAUUACUCGCCAAGCCUCGAAUUCGAAAAUCCCAAACGGAAACCUAUUUUAGAUUCUCCAUUGGAAGAAACGACUACCUCCAGAGAACAUGUACAGAAGGAUAAUGAUCUGAUGAGUUUGAAGGCAAUAGCGAAUAGCGUAGAGAAGCCGGUCGAUAUUGAUAGCUACGAACCGGAAAUAGAUCCAAAAAAAUACGUAAAUGUAAAGCCCAAACAUUUGAAGACUCAGCUACCAGAUGUGGCCACGUAUGGAGAUGAGGACAGUGAUCAGGAGGAAACGCACAGAAUAAUGAGUGAGGCAUUCGCGGACGAUGACGUUGUCGAGGAAUUUAUGAAAGAGAAGGACGAGGAGGUGAAGAAAUCGCAGCCGCAGGUUAUUGAUUUGAGUCUACCCGGGUGGGGCGACUGGGGAGGACCGAAUGUCAAGAAGCGUAAUAUAACUCGUAAAAAAAGCCGAUUUAUGCUGACUGUUCCCAAGGAAGCGCCACGUAAACCUGAGAAUAAAGGAAAAGUCAUAGUAUUUGAACAUGAAAACGAAAAACUGAGGAAACAUCUCGUCAAGGAGCUACCUUAUCCGUUUACCAAAGUCAAGGAUUUUGAAGCGAGCAUUAGAGCUCCUAUCAGCAGGACCUUCGUUCCAAUGAGUGCCCAUGUGCGACUCAUUCAGCCAACAGUGAAAACCAAGUUGGGACAAAUAAUCGAGCCGAUGGAUGAAAAUCAGUUGGUGAAAAAUCAACCAAUGAUGAAAAAACCACUAUUAAAACGUAUCAAUGCGAAAAAUAAUAAGAAGAAUAUUGUAAAAAACAAUGCGAAGAAAAAUAAGAAGGAGAAUAACAAAAAGAAUAGUAAAUAAAGAUGUAAAAACACAGACUGUAAAAAA